AUGUUGAAAACACGCUACGUAGAUGACAUCUACGGUGGAGCAGACAACGAAGAAGACGCUAUCAAGGCUGCAGUACAAACAAAAGCUCUGUGUGCAGCAGGCUGCUUCCCGCUUGCCAAAUGGGCUAGCAAUAGCCCACGGUUACUCGUUGAAGUCGCUCCAGAAAAGCAGCUGGAUACACCGCUUAAAGAAAUCAGUGAUGCACCAGUUAAAGUCCUGGGCAUGUACUGGAAUUCACGCACUGACGCUCUCCAGUUCAAGUACACGCUACCGCCAGAGAUGCCCAAGACAAAAAGAGCUAUAUUGUCUGAAAUCGCUAAGCUGUAUGAUCCGCUAGGACUUCUCGCACCAAUAGUCGUCAAAGCCAAGAUCUUUAUGCAAAACCUGUGGCUAGAUAGAGUGUCAUGGGAUGAACAAUUGUCACCAUCACUCAUUCACAAAUGGACUAGAUACCGCGAGGAUCUUCGAAACAUCGAAUCCAUCCGCAUUCCACGCUGGAAUAAUAUAGCACCUGGAGCAUCUAUGGAAUUGCACGGGUUCUUAGAUGCUUCGCAAAACGCUAUGGCUGCCACUGUUUAUUUGAGAGUCACUGACGCUGAUGGGAACACAAAGGUCUCACUUCUGUGUUCAAAAACGCAAGUAGCACCGCUGAAGACCAUGACAAUCCCACGCUUGGAAUUAUCUGCCGCAUGGUUGCUAACACAACUGAUACUUCAUGUUAAAGAAGUUCAGUCGCUUGAAAAUGUCAGGAUCAAUCUCUGGACUGACUCCGCCGUGACUCUCGCAUGGAUUAAAAGUCCAGCAAUCCGCUGGAAGCCAUUCGUCCGCAAUAGAGUGGGAAAAAUCCAAGAAACGCUUCGAGAUGUCUCCUGGAAAUUUAUUCCAGGAAAACAAAACCCCGCUGACUGCGCUUCAAGAGGUAUACCUACGCUAAAACUGAAACAUCACGCUCUCUGGUGGCAUGGACCAACUUGGCUUCAUGAACCAGAAUCCUCUUUGCCCACUCUGGAGCCUCCAACCGACAACGCAACACAUCGAGAAGAACGCCAAGGUCUGACACUAGUAACUUGGAAAGCAGAAAAUUGCCUGCUCCAACAAUUACUGUCGCAUUACACGCAGCUGUUUCCACUGCUACGGAAGCUUAGCAUCUGGCAUCGUGCCAUCGACCGCUUUAAAAGAGUUCCACAAUCUUCGCUGGCCUACCCGCUUACUCCAUCAGACCUGGAGCGCGCUCAAUUGACCUUGAUUAAGUUCACUCAAGGACAAUACUUCGCUAGAGAGAUUCACACGCUACAAGAUGGUGAUGGUCUGCCUAAAAAUAACAGCAUCAGUAAGCUGACUCCGUUUAUCGACCAUCAGGGGGUCCUGAGAGUCGGUGGCCGCUUGAAAAACGCAUUGCUGGACCCAGAAGAGAGGCAUCCAGCGAUUCUACCACGACAAUAA